GGGACAGUCACCUCUGGUCGAAGGUCCUAACUGGACAGACAGCGGUCAAGAUGCGGAAUUCACCUGUACGUCUGCUGGGUCUAUCCGCAUCGUGCAGUGGACUAAGAGUGACUUCGGAGGAUCUAUAGUAGACGCAGAUCUUAUUAUAGACUUCAGAAUCUCCACAGGGAAUGUGAUAAACAUGAAUAGCUCUCGUUACCAGUUUGACAAAGCUGCCCCUGGGUUUCCGCUGACGAUCAAGUCGGUCAACUUUCAAGACAGAGGGGUCUACUGGUGCAGUACCUUGAGUGAUGGAGAAUCAGGCUACGUCCAUGCAAACAAGGAGAUGAGAGUAAGAGUGUUUCCAAAAAGCAUCACCCUAUCCGACUCAACUGGAAGUUACCCAUCUUCUGGCGGUACAUCAUAUCUUAUUGAAGGUGUGGACCGUCAGUUCACCUGUGAGGUACCAGACAUCAACCCAGGAGCAUCAUUCACUUGGUCUCGUGUCGAUGGGAGCCUCACAGAGGGUAACACCGUCAACAAUACAAAUGCUGAUCGUUUGACUACUAGCACCAGUCUGGUAACCCUAUCACCAAGAUGGAGCCAUCAUGGAGAGAUGUUGCGGUGCCAGGCUUCCAACAAAGGUGGACAUGCCGGUAUCAGCAUCAGCAUACUGCUCGAUGUUACAGUUCUCCCCAGUGUGUCUUCAAUGUCACUGUCGGAUGCCAGUGGUGCAGUAAGCGGUGCCGUGGUUCUUGACCAAGGAACACUACAUUCGUUCCUUUGCACGGUACAUGGUAGCAGACCUGGUGCAAGGAUCGAGUGGUACCUGAAUGACGUCAUGAAACGCGCUGUCAAUCCGUCGCCUACAGGAACAGAUGAACUUGUUAAUACAACAGAUACUUGGUCCUUGAGACCAACUAGAGCUCAUCACAGACAGGAACUGAAAUGUGUAGCGAGCACCACUGAGUCACAACAACCAUACCCAUCACUUAGGGUGACACUAAUGGUCUAUGGUCCCCCAGAUGUCCCGGAUGUAACUGCUGCAACGUCCAUGAUUGAGAACGAAUCUGUCUUGCUGACGUGUACAGCAGACAUGGGAUACCCUGAUGACUGGUCACUGGAUUGGACCACGGGAGGUAGGGUUAUAUCAAUAGCUACGAUGUCAUCACAGUCAGGUGAUCGCUACAGGUUCACCAGCGAGCUCCUCUUCACCCCGUCAAGAGAGGAGAAUGGGAACACCGUCAUCACGUGCACAACAAGCAGGGUUUCCUUGACCCAAGGACCAGUGGGAUCUCUGGGUCCAAUUGAUGUCCAGUUCUGCACAAGGAAUGUGAGUGUGACACAGAGUCCCUCAGAAGCAACAGAAGGCAACAGAGUGUCGCUGAUCUGUACCUCCGAGAGCAGCAACCCAGCUGCUACUCUAACCUGGUCCAAGGGUAACGUGUUGCUAACCACGCCCACUGAUCAACCUAACGCUCCUGGAGAUAAUGGAGGCAGAGUGACUACAGUCAUCUACACAAGUGAUGUCCUGAACAAAAAUAACAACGGAGAUGUGUACACAUGCUGUGCCACAAAUCCAACCAUCUCGUCAUGUGCUGAAGAUCUGUGUGAUAUGUACAUAUUAGGCGUUGGAUACGCUCCUGAAUUCACAUCGGUGACACGAUCCUCAGACACCCCCGUCACUGAAGGCGGGAAUAUAACCCUGACUUGCUCUGUAGAUGCCAAUCCUAGGCCUAGUGACAUCACUUGGAAGAAGCGAGACUCAAGUGAAGCAUUCAGCUCAGUGUACAAUGACGUCACUAGUACUCUGACUCUGAGUAACAUCAGGAGGGAGCAGGCUGGGUACUACAUGUGCCGAGCUAACAACGGGGUGCCUACAUCAAAUCCUAGCGACGAUGUGGUGUCAGAUCCUAUUACUGCUGUUGUACACUAUGAAGCCAACAUCACCAAUAAAGCAGACAGUGUGAUCGGUGCCAAGCCCGGAGGAGUAGCAGUCCUAACAUGUAUCGUGAGAGCCAACCCUGCACCCACGGUGUCCUGGCAUGACCCCGACGACACAAGGAUUUCCCCAGACUCGGGUAGUAACAAGUACUCGAUCCACACUGCAACCACGGCUGGAGAUCAAGUCUACGGAUUUACAGUCACCAGUACUUUGACUAUUCGUGGAAUCGAUCCUCUGGUCGACUAUGGCGUGUAUACUGUCAAUAGUUCGAACGGAAUCGGAGUCCAAGAUUCCCUGCAGAUCAACGUCACAACACCAAGGAUACCAAAUAAGCCAACCAGUUUAGGAUUAACCGACCGGACGGCAGAGUCUCUGACUGUAAACUGGACAGCAGGUCAUGAUGGCGGUGAGGAGCAGUCAUUCCUUGUCAGCUACUUCAACACGACUGACUCAGAGAGUGUGGUGACAUGGAGUGAGCCAGUUAGAUCCAGUGAUGGGCAGCGCAGAUACACAUACGCGGUGACAUCCCUCCGACCGUACACUGAGUAUAAGAUCAGAGUCUAUGCUGAGAAUGUGGUUGGCAGAAACCCGGACUUCGGCAACGUGGUAGGAUACACAUUGCCCAAACCUCCAACUAAUUAUGUAUUCUUCAAAAAAGCUGGCACUGUUCAAGUCAUUGGUUUAAGGAACGAGGGAGCAUGUAUCCAGCUUGAAGUCAGAUACGACCCGAGUAAUCCAUGGAUUAACUGCGGGGAAUGUAUGACAACAGACAUGACAGUGGUGUUAUCGGUCCGGUGCCCACAACCGCGGUCACGAAGGAGACGUGGCGCAGGAGCUGUAGAAGUAAGAGCCAGAUUAUGCUAUGGAGACUUGUGCAGUGAACCAGUUGUUGUCGAACAAGUUCAAGUCGCAGCUCCACCGGAAUCCACUGAGUCUAUCAUCUUUAUCGGUCCCGUCAUCGGCGCGGUGUCAGGCCUUGCCGUGCUGGUUCUCGUUAUUGCGCUUGUAGUUCGUGUUAGGAAAGUGCAAAGCUAUGCUGCUGUUUCAGAAAGGAACAGGUCAACUACCCGUGAAGGAAGCUGGCGCUUCAAAUCAAGCGAACACCCAGACACGGGGGCAACCAAUCGGUACAUGACAGAACUAGAUACAGUACGUGGAGUUUCACAGGAGCAAGGCGUGGCUACGUACACGAAUGUACCAACCAGACACACUGCCUUCCCACGUGAUCAGCUCCAGUUUGUGAAGGAGCUUGGGCAUGGCGCCUUUGGUCUGGUGAUGCUAGCUAAAGCGACUGGAAUCAACAAGAAGUCAGAGGUCACAGAGGUUGCUGUCAAGACACUGAAGCAAGGAGCCGGUGCCCUGGAGAAGAAGGACAUGCUGCGAGAGCUGGAGUUGAUGAAGAAGUUACCAGACCAUCCUAAUGUGGUCAAGCUCCUUGGGUUCUGCAUCGAUAAAGAUCCUGUCUAUAUCAUCGUAGAAUAUCUUUCCAGAGGCAAUCUCAAAAGUUUUCUUGAAGACAGUCGCAGCAAGAGUGGGCGUGUCUAUACGAAUCUGUACGGGGAGAGCAAGACACUGACUGCUACAGAUCUCAUGAUGUUUGCAAAGGAUGCAGCCGAUGGAAUGAAAUUCAUCUCUUCUCAAAAGUGCAUUCACAGGGACCUUGCAGCCCGUAACGUGCUUGUGGCUGAGGACAUGACGUGUAAGGUGUCUGAUUUCGGACUCGCUCGUGACGUCAUGAACAUCCGAGUAUAUGAACGAGAGUCAAAGGGUCCAUGCCCCAUUCGUUGGAUGGCUAUUGAGUCCAUUCUUGAUGACGUGUACACAACAGAGAGUGACGUCUGGUCUUAUGGUGUACUUCUAUGGGAGAUAGUUACACUUGGAGCUCGCCCAUACCCCGGCAUGUCAGCUAAGAUUUUGUUUAAGGAAUUGCAGAAAGGAUUUCGGAUGCCCAAACCAAAACAUUGUCAGGAUGAACUGUAUGAGCUGAUGUUGGGAUGUUGGGAUGAGGACCCAGAGAGUCGACCGACAUUUAAGAUGAUCAGUAAGGAGCUGGACAAUCUUAUAAGUGAAGGCAAAGAUUACAUUGCGAUCGAUGACAUUCAAGACACGAUUUAUGAAGUCACGAUGUCAGGAGGCACCAUCGAGAGGCUCUAAUUGGUUCACCUGCUACAUCAGCCUGGACGUGUAUUUGAUAAUUCCAUUGAGUAUUAUGAUCGAUGAUUUUUUUAUGAAAUAAAGGUAUUUAUACAUGUAACGGUGUUGAAAUUUGCCUAAAUGGACUCCUUUAGCGUCGUUUUUAACUAAAAAAAAACCUUAAACUGAAAGGUUUUACUUAAAUAAAAAAGAGUAAUUGUUCAGAGAGUAAGUUUGAGUAAUUGAUUUGAAUAAUAGAUUAUCGAUUUGACUCGAAUUUGAUUUGAAGACUGUUGAUUUUUAAGUAAACAACUCUUUGUUUAACGUCUCGCAUAUCCAGGCAUGCCAGCAUCGAAAUGGGGAAGUAUUUACUGAUGUUUAUUCCGAGCUUUACCUCUGGCAUAAUUGUGUCAUCAGCAACGUUGUUUGAUUAAUGAAGGUUUUUUUUAAACAAAGAUAUUUUAUUAACAAGGGGGAAACUGCACUUUAAAUUACAAAAAACUUAUAAUAAUCUCCCCAAAUCUGUAUUUCUCAAAAAGGUAUCACUUAAUUUCUAUAGACUAUUAAAAUGUCAGCUCCAAAAGAAAAAAGUGCUUGCUUGUCUUAUACUUUUAUAUUCAUAUUUAUAGCUGUGCGGAGCAAUUCAAACAUUCCAGCGUAAACGACUGGAAUACAUGUUCCAGAAUUCAAGUAUAGAAAGCUUCAGUUGAGAUUAAAUACUGUUAUGCCCCUAUAACACUCUGGGAU